CAGUUAUCCCGAGGGUGCUGGGGAGGCGACAAGUGCGUGAGUGUCGCCGCCUUUUACUACUUCGGAGUCAUGAAAGAGUGGAUCAGGUUAUUCAGUGACGUCGUCUCCAGAGCCUUCUACGGGCCCCGCAACCCCCCCGCCACCCAGCCGGACGUGCAAGAGAAUGGCAAAGGAGCGGCGGAGGGUCCUCCCAGCGGAGGUCCUUCGACCUCCUCCUCCUCCUCAGGAGUGCAAGCGCCGAAACGCCCACCCACGCAGAGGACAGCAGCCGCUUCCAGCCUGCCUGUACCAGGCAAGGCGGCUGUCGUCGUCCCAUGCCCUCCGCGACCCGACCCUGGCACUCGGACGUCGUCCGCAGCGACCACAGAUCCUGUGAAUGUUGGUUCCCAACCCGGUCGUCCAUCGACACAGACCUCACCCUCCUCUGCCUCCAACUCGGCGCCCACACGCUCGAUGGGCGCGGCCGGCGGCUCUGUUUCUGUCAAACCCAAAUCGCACGAGGGCGCUGCGCCUGACGCUGGGCAAGAAAGAGGAAGAGGCCGCGGGCGCGGACGAGGACGUGGGCGUGGCCAAAUUGGUAAAGGAGGAGGAGGAGGAGGAGGAGGAUCCUACGACAGCAGCGGUUCCUCUUGCAGCAACGACCGAAACCGAGGGUCAGACCCGAAAGGUACCAAAGGCGGCCAGCGCCCCCAGAAGCCCUCUCCAGCAGCAGCUUCAUCGUUGCCGCCCCCUUCAUCAUCAUCAUCAUUAUCAUCCUCAUCCUCAACUCAUAGCAAUCGAAUUUCCAGUUCAUCAGCUCCUCGAUCGAAUCGACCUGGUUCGUGGCGUCAGUGGUCUGGCGCCCUCUCUCGCUCCCUCAGUCCUCGCAGGAAGUCGUCGAAGGUCGCCCCCGUCGUCGACAGCGACGGAUUUACUCUCGUUCAGCGACGAUCGAAGUCAGGUAAACCUCUCCCCUCGACCGAAGGCGGCGAUGCGAUUUACGAAAAUUGGUCCAGUCCAAAUGAAGAGGUUUAUGAUGAUGACGACGACGAGGGAAGCAGCAGCUUUCACGUCAGCGCAGAGGGCGACCUUCAGACUCGUAGCAGCAGCAGCAGCCAUGUGCAUGACCACCGACCAGGAGAGUCUCAGUCGCCAUCGAUCCAAAAGCGACCUGUCUCCCAGGAGUCAGGAAAUCAUAACCGAACCUCUCACGUAAAGUCGACCGAAAACCUCUCCUCCUCCCCGGGGAGCAUCAGCACACCAAACAACGCGACGGGUCCUGACUACGAAAAUGUGGAUAUCAUUCAAGGGAAAAUCGUGCGCAAGGCUGCUGUCCCGAAAGGAGGUCACGAGAAUAUUCAGCUUGCUAAUAGUUCUGUAGCCAAGAGGCAGUCCAAAGCAAACCAGCUUUCUGGCGAGAAAGAAAAUGCUCACAGUCAAGGCGAUCUUGCUGUCAAUGAUGAUUCUCAGACGAAGACCUCGAAGAAGAAAGGUUCUGCUCAGCACGAGGACCAGCACAAAGGGCCGAAAGAAACAAAAGCUUGGAAUCAGUCGAGUCCCUCGAUGAAGGUGAGCGAGAAGCCUUCGUCCGCUGAUAACGACGACUUGACAAAUGACAACAAACCCAAGAAAACCAAACGGAGGAACAGACACAAGUCGAAGUCUGGAAGCCACGAUAAGCUGGAAGAAAUCGAAGGCGGCAGCGUGGAAGCUCAACCGAGCGACCCUCCUAAGGAAGCCCCAGUGACAGAAACCCGAGAAUCGGACUACCUGCUCGAGCACUACCAUGCCCGAAAAGCCAAAAUACGAGACCCGCACAAACCGGACUCGAAAACCGAGAUACGAGGAGGAGACGAGAGUCAUGAUACCCAGAUGCAGGUGAAUGGAAACGCACCUGUUGUGAAUGGGUACCCACCCAAUACCGAAGUGGCGUUCUCGGGAAAACUUGAUUCGAAAAAUGUUACUGAUAACGUCGGCCCUGACGAUAUCAAAGAAGAGGAUAUCCUAGAGGAGUCUCGCUUAAACGUUGACCUGACAGAUGACUAUUACCGACUUGUCACAAUAAAGGAUGAGGUCGCCGGCUGUGACCCGACGAAUGCCGACGAGCAAAUGCAAAAUGGGGAGACCGCAUCAACCACUGGACUUGUGAGUAGUCAUGACGACGUUCACUCGGAAGAAGACAAAGAUGACCUCACUUUGUUAGUGAGUGAAAGCGACAGCGUGACCUACGAGUCAUUUGGUUCGUACGAAUUAGAGACACUAGACGAUUCCUUGGCAAAGAAGGAUCUCAAAUCAUCGGAAGACGAAGAGGAGAUUCUCCGUGUCAGUGACGACGACGUGCGGAAUGAACUGAAUGACGCUGAACUACCACUGCAAGAUUCCGACGGAUUGGACGCCACUGAUGAACCGAGGAUAAACGAGCACUGGAUUAAGGCGAAUCGUCUCGAGACGCCGCAAGAGAAUGACGGAAAGGAAAUCGAGGAGGAGGAGGCACUUCAGCAGAAACGAGGAAAGACGGUUAUUCUUCUGCAGCUAGAUCAUGACGAUGAUAAGAACUCCACCAACACGUGUCAACAAGAGAUUCAAGGUGCAGUUGAAAAUGCAACGUCUGCAAAAACUGAAAAUCUCCAAAGCAGCGGAACCGGUUCGCUUGCGGAAACGAAGAAGACCGGCUUUAAAGACGGGCCUAGUGCUCCUGCUGUAGAUAAGAAAGGCGAUACAGAAACUGUCCCUGAUAAAGCAGAUAAGGAGGCUCUGGUAGGCACGCAUCAAAAGUUAGUGAACGGAUCUGACAGACAGCCUCCGAGGAAGGUGGGAUUUGAGGAGCUAGAAGCCAGUUCCCUGAGCAACUUAACAGAGGAGGAACUUUACGAAAUUUUAUGCCUGGUCGGUGACGGUGCGCAUUACAAGAAGGAGAGAAGGAAAAAGACGGCAGAGGAUGGCGAGGGGGGGAAGCCCAAGAGGCGAGUGAAGAAAAGGGCGAGUUGCGAGGAAGGGCAGCGCCCCGAGCCUAGAGAGAAGGGCAAGGGCAAAAGGCCCCCCAAGGCCGAAAGGGAGGAAGAAGUAGAGGAGGAGGGGGAGGAGGAGGAGGAGGCCGGUGCCUCCAAGCAAGACGGUGCCAGGCACUCUGAUCAUGCAGAGAGGAACCGAACCUUCAAGGCUUAUUAUUCGAAAAUGAAGGAGGAGUGCCGAGAGAUGAUGAUGGCGGAGUGGAAGAGAAUCACGGACGAGGAAGAGGCCUACAGGAGAGAGCAAGAAGAGAAAAUUCGACUGGAGGAGGAGAGGAUCAGGAAAGAGGAAGAAGAACGCUUGCGAAAGGCAGAGGAAGAGCGCCAGAAAAGAGAAGAGGAAGAGAGAAUAAAGAGAGAAGAGGAGGAGCGCAAGGAAGCAGAAGAGAGGAAGAUCGAGGAGGAAAAGCGCAAAAUCAGGGAAGAAGAAGAACGCAAAGUAAGGGAGGAGCAAGAGCGAAUAAGAAGAGAGGAGGAGCGGAUAAAGGAAGAGGAAGAACGGGUCAAAAGGGAAGCUCGCAUGAAAAUAAUCGAGGGACAGAUGAAACUCGAGGAGGAGGAUCGCAAGAGGAGAGAGAAGGAGCGCCUGAAGAAGGAGGCGGAGGCCUAUUUGCGAAGGGUGAGAGAGACUCUGCAGAAGAAAGAGCAGAAAGAGAAGACGAGACCCAAAGAGGACGGAGAUAAGAAACCCGUGAGGGCAGAGGCAGUGGAAGAAGACAAAAAUGCACCGUAUGAGCAGAGGUCAGAUGACGUAAACACGAAUGACAAACAAACAGAACACUCUGGUUCCAAGGAUGAACACGCAACAGAAAAUUCCGGUGGCAAAGUUGACCUUGCAACAGAGGACUCUAGUUGCAAGGAUGAACAUGCAACGGAAAAUUCGAGUUCAACAGAGUAUUAUUCGAUGGAGCUUUCUAGUUCUAAAGAUGAUCACGCAACGGAAAAUUCCAACGGGGAAACGGGGCACGUGAUCGAAAAUUCUGUAAUGAAACAUAAACCAGUAACGGAAAAUUCCGGCAUCAAAGAAGGGGACCUGGAAGGAACCGCUCAUCAAAAGGAUGUUGAUGUCAAAGUCGAGAGCAAAACGCACUCCGAGACGACCAUAGAAAAUGGAGACGUAUCACGGGCGAAGGGGGACCUGCCAGGGGAGACCGGAGAGAGAGUCGGGCCUUCUGACAUUCAUGAGCAGCAGUCUGACAUCUCCGCUCUGCGGGAAAUCAUCGCAGCCAAGAGAAACAAGAUAGCCUUGCUUCAGAGUACUCUGCAGAGGGCCAAAGACGUCCCUCAGCGCAUCGAAGCGGAUAAAGGACACGAUUCAGACGCGAGUGAGGACGACCACAAGGCAGGUGACGUUGUAGAGGGGAAAACUCCACCCAAGGGGGAUCUAACUGGCGGUAAGUCGUCUUCCAAAGGCAGUCGACGUCCCAGUCCCGAAGGGGCCGAGUGCGAAAAUAGACAGCCGGAGUUUGAAAGCGUCGCGUCUGAUACCAACGAAGUCGGUGUCAGUCUGAGCAUUGUGUGCAGCACGUUUGACGGAGAACAAGAGGAGGAGGGGGAGGAGGAGGAGGAGAAGGAGAAGGAGGAGGAGAAGGAGGAGAUUACCAAAGUGAAAGGCAUCAAUGAUAACAUCGUUGUUGAAAGUGUCAAGUCGGGUGAAACCACCGUGCCAGAAAAGCCGGCUGUUAAAGUGAUAAAUGCUGAUGUUGUCGUCAGUCGUGUCACUGGAGAGAGUAGAUCUGAUGGAGGUCCUGUGAUAACUGAUUGUUCAGCAGAAAAGAAAACAUCCACAGAAGAAUGCACUAAAACGAAGUUAGAUGAGGUCAACUAUGAAGAUGAUAAGAGGGAGAAGAGAAGAAUAAGACACGAGGUAGAAGAACAGGAGAUAAAGGAUGAAAUAGUGAAUAAACUGAAGCUGAAGCACGGUCAAGACUAUCUUAUAGACGAGGAAGAACUGCGGAGGAUGGCUAAGGAAGAAAGGAGGGAGAGAAAGAGGAAAAGGCGACACGAGAAAGAAAACAAGAAACAAAAUCAAGAGACAGAACCGGACUCGAAAGACGAAGUGGAAAAAGGAAACAAAACAGAAAUAAUGGAGAAUCAAAAGAACAAACCACAGGAGAGAAAAGACCCAGAAACCAUCACUCAGACUUCUGAAACAAAAGGGGGCGUGGCAGAAAAGACAUCUGUCAGCUCGAAGCAAGAGCAUUUCCCUGAAAGCAAUGUAAACAAAGAAUGCAAAGACAAUGAGGGGAGUGCCGAUCUCUCUGUGAAACCAAGUGCCGAAAAGGGAGGAGAAAAGGAAGACGAAAAGGGGGCAGAGGAACCAGAGACCACAACAGCAGUUAGGAGGAGGAGGAGGGAGACGAAAGAGGAAACGGCAGGGGGCUACUUAGAGACCUUCGCUGGAUUCUCAGGGUUCAACUUCAUCAAGAAAUUCGAGGAAAUAGUCGAGGAGCGGAGGAAGCGAAGAAGUAGGCGCCUCGAAGAGGUAGAGAGUGAGGCGGCCUCGAGAGAAGAGAGCAGCCAGCCAGUGCGCAGAAGGAGCAGGCAGUCGGUCACCGAGGAUGGCCUCCUUCCCCAGGAACCGGAACAGCCUCGACCAGGUUCUGCGGAAGUGACAUUGAGACGGCGACAGCGAACAGAGGAGGAUGACAGCAGCGUGACGAGGGACUCCUCCGCGAACAGCAAGGACUACGAGGAGAUCUUUGCAAGGAGGCAGAGACGGAGGCGGACCUUGGAAGGGGACAGCAGUCAGACGGAAGAUCGGAGCUCCAUGUACAUUUCGCAAGAGUCCGUUUGCUUCGACGGCGGGGAGUUGUCCGACAAGGUCUACGAUGAGAUCUUCGAGAGGAGGAGGCGCCUCAGAAGGCAGCGCUACGCCAGCAUGCACAAAAUGGAGGGGUACCUGGAAGAAAAAGGAGGGGAAUCGGGAGGUUCCGACAAGGAGAAGGGCGCCGAAAGUCAAGCGAGUCGAAGUGGUGGUGCCCCUGACGAGAGCAGCAGCAAGGCGGCCGCUAGGCUGUCGCCCAGUCAUGCGAAAGCGAAGUCUCCCGUCGAAAGCGAGAGUGAUGACAGUGACAGUGAUUCGAACGACUCCAGUAAAACGAAAAGCAAGACCGUCAGGAGGCGAAGGAAAAAGACGAACAGCUUCUCCCUGGAGGAGAGUCUCCCCAAAGAAGGCGGAAAUGAAUACACGAAACGGACAGCAACUUACUCCGGUCUGAGCUCCCCGUCCUACGGCGCCGGAAGGUACGGCACCACCAACUCCUCCUCCAGCCGCGACACGAACGCAGUGCCGACUGUGUCCUAUCGGGCAGCCCUCAGCCGGGAAGCCUCACUCGACCGUUCCGGCACCGGGUACGGCUCCGGAUCCGAUAGCAACAGGGGUUACGGGUCAGGUUCAGGCUACAGCAGCAGCAGCACCUAUAAGAGCCCGAUAUCUUCGACCUACACGAGUAGGUUCAGGGACAGGUACUCCCCGCCGAGUACUCGCAGCAGUACAGGUGGCGGUACAUACAGUUCACGUUUUGCUUCCAAUGACAAAUCCUCUGCUGUCUCAUCUCUUUCAUCGAAGUUCAGUGAUGUCAAGCCUUCCACCACUACAUCCCCAAGGGUGCGCCCUACCUCCCUCUCCACAAAUUCUGCCAGCAUUGCAUCUGCCACAUCCACCAAUGCCCUUAAUAAUUCCCUCGCUCCCCCGUCAUCUGUCACUUCAAGAUUCUCUCAGGAUUCUCCCCGUUCCGAAGGAGGGAGAUCUCCCUCCUCAUACACUUCACGACUCGGCAGUGGUACGAAUUUCGACCGAUCAGGCUACAGCUCCGAUGCAAAGUCAGGCUAUGGCUCUGACUACAAUAAGUCUGGUUAUGGGUCAGGCUCUGGCAGUUACACAAAUCGCUAUAACAGCUACUCCCGUAGCAACAGUUAUCUCAAAGAUUCAGAGCCAUCUGGAACAUACAGACCUUCAUAUAGUAGAGAAAACAGCUACCUUGGCAGUGAAACAGGUACUGGUUCUAGCUGGCGAAGUCGUAUUUAUGGAACAGAUGUUGAUAAAAAUGCCACAGCAACCCCAUACACUCGAACCAGAACUCAAGAUUUGAACAGCACCUCUGGAAGUACUGUUGGAACUAGUUCUUCAACAAACAAAGGAAAAGAUGUUUCUCUUCCACAAUUCCAGGAUGCUAUAGAUAAGCUUACAAAAGCUGCAAUGGAUGACAAAAGUCAGCCAAGGACACCUGAGGCCAUCCCCAAUGCUGUUAGAGUCCUGCCAAUCUUUGAUCCAGGAGAGGUAAAGUUGAAAAACAAAGCUCCUGCAGAUUUUAGUUCCGGAGGAGAAAGUUCUGAUGAAGAAGGUAAAUCAAAGAAAGCCAAUGGAAGUGAACCAACGAAAAAAGCCACUGCAACAUCAUCAACAACAGCUACAUCUACCUCUACCUCUACAUAUGUGGCCCGACCUCUUCGACAUUUGGCAGCAGUACCAUCAUUGCCAACAAAACCAGUUUCUUCUUCAAUAUCUGGUUUAGUUGAGGCUCCAACUUUCAAGUUAUCCUCAAAAUACUCUACACUUGCGAGUGAGAGUAUACCUGCUGCACCAACACCCCGCUGGAUGAGAGAUAAAGAUGACAGUUCAGCCACAACCGCAAAUAGUCGUGCUAAGUCUAACCUCACUGUCGGUGAAUCAAGUCCAAAAUCACUGUCACCUUUACCUCCUCGUUCUCCAGUUCCAGGCUCAGGAAAGACAGGGUCAUCUGUGUCACCCAACAGGAACAAUACAUCUUCACCAACUGUUGAACUGAAUUUUGUGCCUGGGGUUGGUAACAAAGAAUGCAGAAAGUCUGUCCUGAAUAUGGACCUUGACCCUAAAGAUACUGAACUUAUGAGAAAACAACAAGAGGAAAAAAGAGAGGAACUCAGGAGAUUACGAAGACAACGGGGAAGUGAAGAUGAUAAAAACAGGAAACCUCCUCCUUCAUCUCUGAGAACAAGGCCUGGUACUAAGGUAGAGGAAACAGUCCAGUUAAAAUCUGACCAGUCCAAAGUUAAUGAAGAAGAUGAAGGUGCUGUCAGUGGUGGGGAAAGUAAAAGAGACGAUAAGCCCCCAGUGCCUCCUUCGCUAGAGAAAACAUCAUCAAAAGGUCGGGUAGUUGAAAGAAAACAUUCCAAGGGCAAAGGGGAUGCUAUGAGACGUAGUGGCUCCAUGCGCCGUUUCCGACAGUCAUCUCAGGCUAGUAAAUCUUCAUCAUCAGAAACCUCUUCAGACAGUGAAGAGGAAGUUCCAGUCGUUACUGUUACCCUCUCUCGCAGGAGACGACAGAGCUCUCGAGAUGAUGCUUUGGGAUCCUCAGGAGACAAUCACAGUCGACCCUCAUCUCGCUCCUCUCCCAGAGGAGUAAAGAAGGGUUCUUCUGGUGAAAUACAAGAGGGUAAAAAAUCUCGCAACAACUCCUCAUCUAAUUUAGGAAGAAGAUCUCGUAAUGAUUCGUCAUCAAACCUCUCCAAGUCACGAUCCGGGAACAAUUCCCAUGGAAGUAUUGGUGAAGGAGAAAAAUCACGCAGUAGCUCACGGUCUGGAAUUCUGGGUGACAAGAAACUUUCUCUUGGACCAGAUAUUGAUAUUGGUGAGAGUAGGCCUCAAGUUGUAAAAACAUCAAGUAGCCACAGUAGCAGUAGAUUAAGACGAUCAGGAACAAAAAUACAGAGAACAAAGGACCGAAAAGCAAGUGAAAAGACUAGUUCCAGUUCCAGUGAAUCAUCAGAAACCUCAGACUCCAGUGAAUCUGCAGGUGAAGAGGGUCAGUUCUUCUCCCUCUCUAAAUCGAGGUCUUUGAAAAAAUCAAAGUCAGGACUAAACAGUUACGUAUCAAACAGCGUAAAUGAUAAAAGGAACAUAGAAGAAUUAGGUGACAGAACAAGUCCUGAUGGUAAGGAGCACGUUUCCAGAACAAACUCUGAUGUAAAUGUGCAAGGUCAAGGUAGAGCCGCUGCAAGCAGGAGUAGUUCAAAGGGCAAUCUCUCUAAAAAUAGCGUUGAUAAAAGCAAUUCACUUGAUCCAUUUGAAUGGCCCACGGGAAGUCCUGAACUCCACAUUUCUAAGAAAGCCGCGGCGGAAGAAAACUUCAAUUUCGAGUGGCCGUCGGGCAGCCCAGAAUUGCACGUGUACAAGAAAGCCCAAGAACCAACCGAAGAUGACAACUUUGCAUUUGAAUGGCCUUCGGGAAGUCCCGAACUACAUCUUCAUAAGAAAGCCCAAGCAGAAGCUGCAGCAGAGAACUUCGAUUUUGAAUGGCCGUCGGGAAGUCCGGAGCUUCAUCUCCACAAAAAAGCUCAAGAAGAAAGUGAGGGAGCUGAAUUCAACUUCGAGUGGCCGUCAGGAAGCCCAGAACUUCACAUCUACGACAAAGCACUGGCCGAAAGUGAGACUGAAAAUGAACACGAAAACUUUAACUUCGAGUGGCCUUCAGGAAGCCCAGAGUUGCAUCUCCACAAGAGAGCACAGGCAGAGGCAGGUGGCAAGCGGUCUCAUUAUCGCAACAGUUAUGGGGACAGCGAAACUGAAACCGACUUGGGCUGGUCUGAUGGUAGUGGUGACAUCUCCAAGAUGGAGAAGGUAGAUGAAGAGAACGAGGAGGACUACACCUACUUCGAGUGGCCCAGCAGCCCCGACUUUUCGAAGAAGAGGCCUUACAGUUAUUACUCGGAGGGUUACGACACUCAGGGCGAGACGGAAAACUUCGAGUGGCCAAGCAGUCCCGAGCUGCCAAGGAUGAAGAAUCCCAAGUAUAUUAGUUUCACAGAAGACAUCGACAAACUUUUGAACGAUAAUCAAGGCGAAGAGUCCUUCGCUGCGAUGGAGAAACUGAUGGGAUACUCCCCUCCGCCUGCGGAGGAUGAUGUGGAUGGAGGAGGGGACGAUGCAGACGACAACAAGAGCACCUCGAGCAAAAUUUCGAAGACGAGCAAAACGAGUGGCAAGGAUUCAGUGACUGGAGAAGAAGCAGAGGAAGAAGAGGAGGAGGAGGAGGAAGAGGAGGAAGAGGAGGAGGAACAGUCAGAGGAGAAGAAGGAAUCAUUGAAAGACAGAGCGAGAAGAAACCUGUCAUUGUUUAUUGGAAAGUUGACCAACAUAGACGAAAUCCUGGGAUCCGUCCUUCAGCCUCUGACUUCCGUGCCCAUAGUUCCCAAAAGUAAGGCCUCAACGGCCAGGUCUGAAGAUGGAGGCAAAAACAAGAAGAAGGUUGUCAAGAAAAAGCAGGUUAAAAAAGACUCGAGUGGGAUGGAAGAGGUGGACGCUUCCGAAGUGAAGGUCCACGACGCCAAGGCAAAUCGGGCUCAGAUCGACGAAAACAUCGAGGAGAUCGACGUCUCCGCCGUCAUCAUCAGGGAGAAAGAAAAACGAGAGGCCCUACGAGCAGAGAUCAUCAGCGCUGUCAAAGCAGGACUGGAUGACGUCACACUCCAGGUGUACAGGGACGGAGACUACGGAACUUACCUGGACUUGGAGUCGUCUUUGGCGGAGCAGGCCGAGGAUAUCGAUGCCCUCACUGACAGUAAGAAGAAUGCGAUCAUUCUCCGAACUCAGUUAUCCGUUCGGGUCCACGCCAUCAUCGAGAAGCUCCUCAAUUCGGAGGGUCGCGAACUCCGAAGGGCGCUGUUCUCCCUGAAGCAGAUCUUCCAGGACGACAAGGACCUGGUCCACGCCUUCGUCCAGAACGAUGGCCUCACCUGUCUCAUCAAAGUCGGGUCGUCAGCUGACCAGAACUACCAGAAUUACAUCCUCAGAGCUUUGGGUCAGGUCAUGCUGUACGUGGACGGCAUGAACGGUGUGAUGGAACACCAGGAGACCAUCCAGUGGCUGUACUCGCUGAUCACUUCCAAGUACCGCCUGGUGGUGAAGACGGCCCUCAAGUUGCUGCUGGUGUUCGUCGAGUACACCGAAUCGAACGCGCUCAUCCUCGUGAAGGCCAUCGAGACUGUAGAUUCGUCGAGAGGGGAACUACCGUGGACCACUAUCAUGAGGCUGCUUGAGGGCCACGAGAAUUCGGACAUGGAACUUCUUACCUAUGCCAUGACGCUAGUCAACAAGACCUUGAAUGGCAUACCUGACCAAGACACGUACUAUGACCAGACGGAUUACUUGGAAGAACAAGGCCUGGAAGUCCUCGUCGAGAAGUACAUGCAUAGGCCAGACAGUGAUCUGGACUUGUUGCAGCAGUUCACUAUUUAUGAGGCUGUCCUGUCGUAUGAGGAUGGUGACGACAUAUGCCGCACUACGACGAUCGAUCCCACUAUAAGACAAGUACCUCGCAUAAGCUCAACAGAUCGUGAUGCAAAUGAUCGUAGAAAGUCUCGCAGACAUCAUCAGUCACCAUCGCCCACCAAACUGAAUAAGGGCAACUCCUUAGGCGUUACAUUGGAGGAAGGAGAUGGCAGAAGGUCCAGUAGCGAUGAAGAUCACGUAACAGUAAUCAAUAUUAAUGGAGAAUCUUUCGGCAUUCCAAAGGAUGACUUAGGGGGUGUAAAACAUGCGGAAGCCGGUGUAACACCAGCUUUGCGCAGGCGCCGUGAACGCGCAGAGAGGCACAGGACUUUCAUAAAUGAACAAGAAACUAUCAAUGAAAGUCGCCGCAGCUCUCAGUCUUCUGACAAUAACGUAGAAGAUGAGAAUCGCAAAAAUAGUGAGAUGUCAGGCCUGAACAAGCAGGCCUCCUGGGUGAUGGACAUGAUGUACGGAAAGCGGGACGACGAGGCCGGUCGGAGAGAGUCUCUGGCGAACAUCCAGGACCUGAAGUCAAGAAUAUGCAGUCUUCAUGACAAAGAAAAUGUUGACAACAAUAUGCGCAUACCAAUAGAAAUUAAUGCAGAGGCUUCUGUUAAGGAGCUGCAAGAAAAAAUGAUGAAUUCAAACAGUGCUCAGGGGGCUGAUGAUGAAAAGCCAGGCCGUAAAGGUGACAUAAGUGAUCGAAUCAACAAGAUAAAAGAUGGCCUCUCAAAAUCACAUUCCAAAGGAGAAGUUAAAGAGGGAGUUAUACAGGUACCAGAACCACCAAAGAAAUCUGAAAAUGAUAUUCAGUGGGAACUCUUGAUCAAGCAUUUGAACAGACCUCUCACUCUCUGUGAUUUGGACUUUAACGACCUCACCGAGGUUGAUGAUCUACUCGUACCCGAGACCCAGCAGACUGGUGUUCCUCCUCCGCCACCACCUCCUCCUUCUACUGGUGCUCCACCACCACCACCACCUCCCACCGGUGCACCUCCACCACCACCACCUCCAGGAGGAGUACCUCCUCCACCCCCACCAGGAAUGCCUUCUGCGGAUGGAGAUGCCCCGCCACCUCCUCCACCCCCGAUGAAUGGAGUCGAACGUGCAGAUGACUCAAAGCCGCAGAAAACUAAAAAGACGAUUAAACUUUUCUGGAGAGAGGUACGAGAGGAUCCACGAAUACCCGAAGGGAGCAUAUGGGAUAAAGUUGACUUGGUUCCUGUGGACACACAAAAGCUAGAGCACUUGUUUGAGUCAAGGGCCAAAGACAUUAUAGCAAAGAAGCAACAAGAACAGAAAGGAGUCAAGGAAAUAGUAGUGCUGGAUCCCAAGCGCUCAAAUGUCAUCAAUAUUGGUAUGACCAAAUUGCCACCUCCUCGCACUAUUAAGACAGCUAUUCUGAAGAUGGACUCUUCCAUAAUUAACCGUGAAGGAAUUGAGAAACUUCUGACGACCAUGUUACCUACACCCGAAGAAAAACACAAGAUUCAAGAAGCUGCAAUAUCCAACCCUGAGCUUCCAUUAGGGUCAGCAGAACAGUUCCUCAUGAUGUUGUCUUCAAUCUCAGAACUUCCAGCUAGAUUGAAACUCUGGCUUUUCAAACUAGAUUACGAAAAUUCAGAAAAGGAAGUAGCAGAACCAUUGAUGGACUUGAAACAGGGCAUCCAAGAUCUCCAUAAAAACCAUACCUUCAAGACAAUUCUUGGAGUUUUACUGGCUAUUGGUAAUUUUCUCAAUGGAACAGAUGUGAGGGGCUUCAGUAUAGACUACUUGUCAAAAGUUCCAGAAGUCAAAGACACUGUUCAUAAACAUUCUCUGUUGCACCAUCUUUGCCAUAUGGUGCUUGAGAAAUACACUGAUACAACAGAUCUAUAUUCAGAGAUUGGGUCAAUCACUCGGGCAUCUAAAGUAGACUUUGAAGAGCUGUCAAGCAACAUAAGUAAAAUGGAAGUUGAAUGUAAAGCAUCGUGGGAUCACCUAAAGGCCAUUGCAAAGCAUGAUGGCCCAACUCAAAUCAAAUUAAAAAUGUCAGAAUUUUUGGCUGACUGUGCCGAAAGAAUCAUCGUUUUAGGAAUUAUCUAUCGUCGUGUCAUGACCAGAUUUCAGAGGUUCUUGUUAUGGCUAGGCUUUCCUUUACACAUGGCUUUAGAAGUCAAAGUUCAAGAAGUAUGCUCUACUAUUAGUGAAUUUGCACUGGAAUACAGAACUUGUAGAGAACGUGUGUUGCAGCAGAUUGAAAAGAAGGCUAAUCAUCGUGAAAGAAACAAGACCAGAGGAAAGAUGAUCAUGGAGGAUAGCCGCCCUGCAAAACCUAUUGGAAGAUCUCUCAGGCCAUGCUUGAAAAGUUCUUCGAUGGAGAAAUUCAAGCGUUCCAAGCAGACAAAGGAAGAAAAGGCUGAUUCUGAUCUGAGGCAACUUCUUAAUUAUUCUGACGUCUCAGACACAGAAACUAUCCGUGGAAAGAGUACCUGGAGAAGAACUAGAGAAGGUAAAACUCGUAGCAGAGGGGAAGAGAGCAUGGCAGAAAUUAUGGGUGAUGGAGAUGAUGCUUUGUUAGACUCUUUAGUAAAGACAGCAACACAAGCACCAUCUUCACGUACUACACCACGAGAGCGUAAGAGGUCACGACACGCUGACCGCAAAUCCUCAGGCAAAUAUAUGAACAGCCGAGGGCGAUGGUCUCCAGAACGAGGGCCACAACGCCCAACUCGAUGCGGCGUACCCUGAAGACUGGGCUCACAGAAGAGGAAAAGCGUCUGCUAGCUAUGAUUGCUGCUCAAACUCGUUGAGACAAAGUCAUUUGUAAAUUUUUCCACGUCGUUCAAGAUACAAAUUGUUCAUAUCUGAUCCUCGUGUUUAUAAACUAAGGCUCGUUCUAGAGCUGAGAGGACCAGUCUUAUGGAAUAAACUCUUGUUUAUACUACAGCGUGAUAUUUACUUUUCCAGUGGAUUUGUGGGCGACAUGAUCUAGUCAGUCAGGAGUCGUGAGGUAUACAACUUGGGCUGCUUUCAAAGCGGCUUAUAGUAUGUUAAACAGUUAAAAAGUAUAUCCUUUUGUUUGAUAUUUAAAGAAUAAAAUAAUUUUCCUUCCUAUAUUCUGAUAUCGUCAAAAGGAAUAACAUAUCACUAGUAUUUUAAAGUAUUAACUGAUGCCACUGUAAAUGUCCAAACUCCCAUAGAUGACAAGCCUCAUUUCUGCUGCAAACAUAACUAUAUAUAUAUAUAGAUAUAAAAUAUACAUUUAUAUUUUUGUUGACAUUUGUAGAAUUUUCUGUAAAGAAAAUUCUAACAAAAGCUUCUGAACUUUCUUCUGUCAUCUGUAUAUUAUUUUGUUUUUAUGCUGCUGAAUAAAUCAUGCACAUCUUGGUGUAGGUCACAAAUCCUUUUCCCACAUUCAUUAAGAAAGAUAAUUUUCAUUUAGAUGAUGUUUAAGCAUUUUAGAAUAUUUUCAGCUGUGAUGUUAUGUUGAGCAUAAGUUGUAUUCAGUGUACAUAGCCCUCCCAUGUUGAAUGAGUGUUGUUAUCUUGAGCAAAAUUGUGCCAUGAGAUGUGAACACUUAUUGAAGGAAUGGACCCCUGAGCGAUGUUGGUGUGGUUUUGGAAGCUAAAAUCACUACCUAAGGAAAAUCUAUUCAUAAAUGUAUCGUAUAUGCUGGUCAUAGAGUUAUGUCAAGUGAAAGGAUCUGUACUGUACCCAUAUUGUGAUAUCAUAUACAUACUAUUACGUACAUGUAUAGGGUUUUCCUGUUACCGUGUGUACAGGUCAGGUAAUCAUGGAAAACCCACUUAAACAUUCAUUUCAUCUUGAUCCUUCAUUUGUUAUAUGUAUAUUUCACCCUCAGAUGUAGCUCCCACUUAUAAUAAAAUCAAAACUUAUUAGCACCCUUAUAGCUUUUUUUUUUUGCAUCUGCACUGAUAAGACAGAUUAGUACUCUUAAAAAUUGCGUAAGUGUAAAAUUGGAUCAAAUUUAGAGGUGGUGAAGAUGACAAUUUUAAAAACAGAAGAAUUUAAUAUGGCAAUGAAAUACUCAAAAUAUGUGAUAAGUAUGAAACUAUGGAUUAAAAAUUAAGAUUGUUUUAGGAGUACAUAUGUGGGAAGCUGCAUAGGGGUAAACCUGUACUGGAUGAUCGCUAAAUAUUAAGUUACAAUGCUGUAAUGCAGCAUAUCAGGUUUAUAUAUUAUGACAUUGUAAUGUCUUUGAGAUUUUGAUACUCAACUACUGUGCUUCAUGAAUUUUAAAUAAAAAAAAAGACUGUGCAAAAA